AUGUUGUCAACUGAAUCCGUAGUGAGCAUUUCGGACUCUUCCAUUUCCAAUAGAGGCUCUGAACACUACGAGCUCAGCAGGUACCUUCCCCCUUAUCGGUCGUUAUUGAACCCCAACCGAACUUUUGACUACCGAAGCCACAAGUAUGUGGAAGGUUCCGUGGAGUUUAAACUCAGCAGUCUUUUUACGAGAAAGAAGAAGCCGGAAUCGAAUAUCAAGAUGAAGUACCGGUCGCUGCUUACCCCAUUGUCGAAUACCAGGAAGCGCAUCAUGGAUGCGGCCUCUGAUACAUUGUCAGUGAAAUCUCUGAAAUCUUCACUUUCGGUUGCCAGCUUGAGGAAGUCUACCACCUUGAGUGCGCAACAUCUUAUGGAUCUCCCGGAUGAGAUUCUGACAACGAUUCUCUCGUACCUUAGAGAUGACCAGAAAUCGCUGGUACAUCUGCUCUAUGUGAACAAGCGACUGAAUAUAAGUGUCAAGCCUGUGCUCUAUGAAAACCCAUACGUCUCGUCCACAUACAGGUUAGCUCAGUUAGUCCACACUAUCAACAAUAGCAAAGAACUGGCUCUCAUGAUCAGGACCAUUGAUCUGUCGACAAUAAGUCCUGGCUUAGAGUUGGAGGAAAAUGCGUUUCGGUUGUAUGACAUAUUUGCAGAACAGGGCGACGACGCAAUGCCUUUUGCGUCUGACGACAAAGACAUACUUGCCGGCUGGAGAGACUGGAGAUACAGAAACCACCCCUUGUAUGGUUUGCAGCGCACCCUUACCGGUCAGACCCAUCGAUCAUCGCGGAGUUCUCGACCUCAGAUGAAAGAUCGCAAAUUGUCGGCUUCUUCUAACUCGACCACAGGCUCUCUAUUUUCCAACAACGAUGAUUCUGAGACAGAUUCGUCGCGCACAUUGUCCGCCUCUCCAAUAAGAACUAAGAGGAAAAAACAAACUUUUAGGAACUCCUUGAAGCAGGUUUUCAAGAGUGCUUCCUCCGGAACAGUCACAACGAUUGAAAUCUCAGACUGGUACAGCGAUCUCAAACCCACAAAAUCUAUAACUCCCAAGUUCCCUCCUAGAGUUAGUGACCUUGACUUCCUGACGCAGUCUGACUCGCUGGCCGUUGGCGAGAACACACAACCGUACUCCACGCCUCAUCCGCUUCAAAACAGAUUUUUGAGCCAGUAUUGCUACUCUAAGGAUAUCCCGAUUGGAUACUUGUUGCACAUAUUCCAGGAAUGUGAGAACCUCGUUCACGUGGACCUCACUGGUGUCUCCUGCAGUAACGACUUCGAGAUGAAAGAUUACGAAUACUUCAAUUGGCAAACGUCCAAAGGUAAACUCAGGCAACUUCCAGUAAUUGGCUACCGUUCUUUGUUGCUCGACACGGAGGAAGAUGAGCGCAGGAGGAACGAAGAGCGUGCCAUGUUAUCUCGAUUCAAGUCAGAAAAGCCAAUUUUCUGGUCGGACACUCAGCGUGAGAUAGACUGGGAGAACACAGAUUGCGUGCAACUUGAAUUCGACGAUAUCUGGAAACAACUGAAUAGUCUGACAAACUUGCGUACCAUCAAACUGUGUUCUAUCUGCUGGCUUGAGAAGUCCGUGGUUAAGAGAAUGGUGGCCGAUUCGCAAUCCAAAUCUCGCUUGGAGUACAUCGACUGUACUGAUUCUGGAAUGAGAAAGUCGCUAGACUGGGCCAAACGAAGGACCUUCAAACAGUGGAAACGUUACUUCCGUUUCGAGGAUGUGCCGCGUGCACCGCAGCCAGCCACCCGGAGCUACAAUUUCGAAAAUAUCGGCCACGAGUAUUACUGA